UUCAUAAAGUCCCGGCCAGCCUCGGGAUGCCGCGCAGCCGCCCAGCCUGGGGAAACUGGACCGCCCGGCCCUUCCUCCGUUUCCCCUGCGGGCAGUUCAGACCAUGGGAGGCCCCGGCCGCCGCCGCAGCUUCCUUCUCCUCCUUCAAGUGCUGGGCGUCUCGCUGAUUCUGUUGGAAGUUGGAUCCCAGAAAACCAGUGACUGUGCUCGCUGGUGCCCUCCAAAAUCCACAUGUGUCAAUGCCACCACCUGUCGCUGCUCCCCGGGAUUCAUUUCUUCGUCCGGGGAGAUGUUCACCAGCCGCUUGGAGAGCUGUGAUGACAUCAACGAGUGUGGACCAUCCUCGGCAGUGUCCUGUGGAAAAUUCGCAGAUUGCCAGAACACAGAGGGGAGCUUCUACUGCACGUGCAUCCAAGGGUAUGAGCUUGCUUCCCAGGCAAGAACGUUCAGGAAUGAGAGUGAGAACACGUGUCAAGACGUGGACGAAUGUCAGCUGAAACCCCGAAUCUGUAAAAGCCGCGGCAUCUGCACCAACACCCAGGGCAGCUACACCUGCGAGUGCCCGCCCGGCUUGGAGCUCAGCCCGGGCGACCCGAAUCUGUGCACAGAUGUGAAUGAAUGCACGUCAGGGCAGAACCCAUGUCACAACUCCACCCACUGCCUCAAUAACAUUGGGGGCUACGAGUGCCGCUGCCGCCCUGGCUGGAAGCCAGUUCCUGGGUCCCCCAAUGGCCCCAAGAACACCGUCUGUGAAGGUACAGAGCUCAGAUGCCACAUCCUGGAGACCCACACUCAGAACAUCUGAUCACAUAUUCAGUGGCACUGACACAAACCAAGCAGAAUGACCCCUGGG